CCAAUUUAUGGCAAAAGCAAACAGUUUUUCAUGCUGUCAUGAUGCAGAACACAAGUAGAUUAUGGAAAAUUGCAUGGAUCAGUUUUAUUUUAAUUAUUAUAAUUGAAGUGAUCCUUCUAAUGCAUACAUCACAUCAUCUUAAACUGAAUGCUUCAUGGCAAGUAAAGUUACCUGGAAAUACUUUGAAUCCAACAUUACAGACUGAAUCUUACCAUCCUCAAAUCCCUGAUAAUACCUCAGAGUUGAUUGAAGAGAAAGACGAGAUCAUGGAUUUAUUUGAAGAUAUUGAAAUAUCAGUUCUGUGUGAUAUUUUCCAAGAUGUCAAUUCUUCAAAUAAAAUGAAUCCACGCAACAUCACUGUGUCCGAAAAAACCCUUUAUGCACGCGUUCGUCUACGUAUUGAACAAGGUGAAUGUACAAAUCAAACUGUUUUUACAAAAUGGGUGAAUUAUAGCAUAGGAAUUGGAGUGAAUAAACUACGGUAUACACUUGUUCCAGAUGAUUACAAAUGGUUAAAUAUAACUGGAAUGUCUACUGUGGUUGAGCACAUAAUAAACUACACUUCUUACCAUCAUGUAUAUUCUGUUCGAUUUAAUGUUGCACGUUUUUUAUCACUAUAUCAUGGUGAUAAACAGUUGCUUAAAGUUUGCAUUUUCGAACAGAACUGUCUUCACUGGAUCGACAGGUCCAGACAUUGUGGACUGCAGGAUAUCAGUGACGUAACUAAUCCAGAAUUACAUUUUUUAACAAGUAAUUGGAGCCGCUCAGGAGGAUGGAUAGCUUUCCUCGAGUAUAUAAACAGCCUUUGUGAUACAAACAUCCAGGGUCACGGAUUGAUGAAUAACAAUAACCUGCUAGUUACACACUCAGCAUGGUUUGUUCCCUGUAUUCGUUGUAACAGUCAUCCAGAUGAAGAGGCGAAUUGUGAUUGGUCGAGUGCCUUAUGGUUUGAAGCAAACAAUCCAAUCUACCCGUGUAUAUAUAGUGAGAGAAGGAUGCACAGCGAUCAAAGGCAACUGUCAGCAUAUUUGAAAAAUAAAGUUCUCCUAUUUUUUGGUGAUUCAACUUUGCGUGGUUUAAUGUACUCCUUAGUGUAUCGUUUAAACAAAACGUUGUUCAAUGUUCAAGAGACACAUGGUGAAAUAAUACUCACGAACAAUGGGGCAAAACUUAUACGAUUUAUCUACUAUCCAGAUUAUUCUAGGCAAGAACAACAGUCGAGUAGAUCAUUGAUCACUGAUUUAAUUCAAUCACUUUUUAGGUUCAAGGGAAAUUCAAUGAAGCUUUAUUGUUCUUUGGUGGUGUAAGAUGGUUGAAUUCUUUUCAUAUGAAGCAGUUACAAAUUGCUGUCAAUAAAGAGAAAAUAUUUCAGUCUGUCAAGGUGUUCAUUAAAGACUAUUCCGCUGGCUUUCAUACACCAAUUGAUGGGUUGCCUUUUGUUGAUUGGACAGAACGUAAGAUGGAACAUGAAAGGAAUUACAGGCUAAUUAAAACAAUCAAAGAAGAGUACAACUGGUCAGUUAUACCAAGUCAUCAAAUCACAUGGACUAGAUUGAAUCACUUUCAUGCUUAUGCAAGAUGCUCAUGUCAUUUUUAUCAUAUUGAGAGGAAACCAUUUCAUUCUUCUACAGAAAAUAAAAAUAUAACAAUUUAUGAAAUCAUUGGACAAAUACACUGGAUUGUAUCGAGAAUUAUUGAGAUGACAAUCUUACAAAAUUCUCCUUAACACCAUUGUAAAUAUCUCAUUUUUAAAGCAGGAGAAGCACCUCUUUCGGUGUGAUUUUGUUUUUUUUUUUUUAUUUAUGCAUUUUGAAGACUAAAUUGUCGCAAGAAAGAUAUAACAAACUGAUUCUGGUGUUAUAUGUGUUGUUGGCUUUAAAAGUCUAUUUGACUUAAAAGCAUCACUGUUAUCAUUGCACUUAAGAUCUAUAGCAUUAACCUAAUUCAGAGCAACAUAAAAUCACACUGAUUUUAACCAAGAGAAGUAAUCUUUGUCAAGCUUGUCAUUGACCCGGUAGAAUUCUUCAACUGAAGACUAUCAGUGCUUGACAAAACUUCUGGAAAGCUCCAAAACUUGCACAAAACUACUGUCAUCGUUCUCAAUAAAUUUUUAUUCUAUUCCCUUGCAGGUUUAUAUGUAUUAUGUAGAUCAAGCUAAAUCCUAUAACCGUCUUCUGCUCCACAAAUUAAAAAAAAGUCACGUUAAC